AUGUUUUUAUAUUUACUAAUACCUACACUAUGUUUUGCAUAAAGAUUUCUUUAAGCAGAUGAGACUUGUUAUGGUGUCAUUUUAGAUUGUGGAUCUUCAAGCACAAAGACUACAAUAUAUUCUUGGCCAUGUAGAACUAGUAAAAUAUAUCCUUUAACCGACAUCACUUAAGAAGUAAUUGAAUUAGAAAAUUUGUUAGUCAUAAUAAUUAAAGACAAGUCCAGGAGUAUCAACCAAAUAUCCUGAUGAGAUCUCUACAUAUUUAGCCCCUAUAUUUGAAUUCAUAAAUUCUAAAGUGCCAGUAACUCAAAAAGAAUAUACACCAAUAUUCAUGGGAGCAACUGCUGGAAUGAGAUUAUUAGAUAUCAAUAAAUAAAAUGCUCUUAUAGAUGAGAUCAGAAAGCAACUGAGUAGAAGUGGUUAUUUAUUUCAGGCUGACAAUUGGGCUAGAGUAAUAUCAGGUCAAGACGAAGUAAUUACUAUUUUGAUGUAUAGGCCACAUAUCUUUGGUUAGGAGUUGAGUAUCUUUUGGGUAAAACUGACGGAAGUUUAAUCACUAUAGACUUAGGAGGUGCUUCAACUUAGAUUGCAUUUAAAGUGGAUUACAUAUAAUAUGAAUCAGAUAUAGUUACUUUGACAUUGCCUGAUGAAGACAUCAAUUUAUAUGCCAUCUCAUAUCUUGGUUAUGGUAAUGAUUAAGCUAGAGAUGCUGUUCUUGCAAAAAGCAUCAGUGGAACUUAAGUCAUUAGUCCAUGUUAUCAUCAAGGAUAUAGUGGAACUUGGACCUAUUAAAAAGUUUAGUAUUCUUUAUCAGGAAGUGGUAAUGUAGAAUAAUGUUAAGCUUUGAUAUAAUCUUUCUUAAAUAGCUAAUGUAGAACAGUAAAAGAUGAGUUAUGUGGAAUCAAUGCUAUUGAUUAACCAUAAUUACCUACAUCUUAUUCAAUUUAUGCAGUAAGUGGUGUAGCUACAAUUGCUAACUUUCUUUAACUUAAUACUUUCAAAGUAAUUCUUUUUAUAGAUAAAAAAUAGUUACCAUAAUUCUUAAGUUAAGCCUAAGAAUUCUGCAAGAUGAGUUGGUCAUAAGUUUAAGCAAAUUCUACUUAUUCAUCAAACCAAUAUGUAAGCACUAACUUUUUCUUAUCACUCUAUGUUCAUUAAUUAUUAUCAAUAGGAUAUAAUAUUCCAGAUACUAUGUAAAUUAUCUUAAUAAAUUUUAGGGAUAUCAAUGCUCCUUUACUAAUUAAUUCUUAAACACCUACCUGGGCUAUGGCAGCUGUUCAAUAUUAAUUGGCUUAAGUUGACUGUGAUUUAGAUAGUUCUAUUUGUCAAGGAUCAAUUUUAAAUUUGAUGGCAUUCCUUUGUUUAAUGAUAUUAUAUUCGUGAUUU